AUGUCACUGGCCGCUAUAGCCUAGCCUGCUAAUUUGGCUAAUCUGAUUUAUCGUCUCGUCCCGAGAGCACGUAACGUCGGCCCAAGGCUUAACAAUUUCAGCCCCUCGCCUCUUUACAGAUUCACGCCAUACCCGCCCGACGCCGAAGAGCCUCUUGUUUCGAGAAUGGCGUCGCUUGGGGAGCCUGUGCGUUUGGAAAGAGAUAUUAACAGGGCCAUUGAACUGCUUGACAAGCUCCAAAGAACGGGGGAAGUUCCUCCUCAGAAGCUGCAAGCCUUGCAGAAGGUCUUACAAAGUGAAUUCUGUAAUGCUGUCAGAGAAGUGUACGAGCACGUGUAUGAGACCGUGGACAUUAACAGCAGUCCUGAAGUCAGAGCCAACGCUACAGCAAAGGCGACUGUGGCAGCAUUUGCAGCCAGUGAAGGACACUCGCACCCGCGUGUUGUAGAACUGCCCAAAACAGAAGAAGGCCUGGGAUUCAACAUCAUGGGUGGAAAGGAACAAAACUCUCCCAUUUACAUCUCACGGAUCAUACCGGGCGGCAUUGCCGACCGACAUGGUGGCCUGAAGAGAGGCGAUCAGCUUUUGUCCGUCAACGGUGUCAGCGUGGAAGGUGAGCACCACGAGAAAGCCGUGGAACUCCUCAAAGCUGCUCAGGGCACGGUGAAACUGGUCGUGAGGUACACCCCCAAAGUCCUCGAGGAAAUGGAGUCACGUUUUGAGAAAAUGAGGUCGGCGAAACGUCGGCAGCAGAACAACUAUCCCCAGUAGGGUUGUUUCAUGUCGACGCCAGCUCUUAUGACUCUCCUCCUCCAGCCUUCAGGCCAUCUGUUCUGGUCUCUUUUUCUAUAUUCUCACUCAAAAAAACAUUUUAACCUACACACACACAUAGUUUUAGUACAUCCACGCGUGCUAUAUGUUGUACUUCUACCAUGUUUUGCAGCGUUUUAAAUAUUCACCAAUGGUUACUGUACCCGAAGUCUAAAUAUGGCCACCAAUCAGAAAACCCUUUCUUCCUCUUGCUGGGUUGUCCAGUAUUACAACUGUGACAUACUUACCUGCUUCUUAAAGCAGUGAUUGAAGGGGUUCACAGUUUGGUUUGCUGAGAUUUCACUUCACUCGCACGUUGUGCAUUACUUUAAAAACAAAAGGCAAUUUGAAUGUGUUCUUCCACAAAGGUCUUUUAACAAGGAAUGGUGUUUGUUAGCAAUUUUAUUUAAUUUUUUACAAGCUCUUACAAAGCCUGUUACUACUCUUUUCAGUUAAUCUCAUUAGAAAUAGUACAUAAAAAAACACAAACGUUUUUAACACUAUAAAUGUGCACAAUGAAAGCAGUGGGUAUGCCGUGUGGAGGUUUUGCUGUGCCACACUACAGCAGUGUGGAGACACAUUCAACUGAAUAUAAAAGAUGGUUCUUUUGUUCCCAGCAGUUAAAGCAUGCCCUAUACCGAGCACAAAACAUCCAUCAUGCACACACACGCUUAACAGCUGCACUACAGUAGCAUGUUUGUUUACACUUUGUUUUAGGCUCACGGUGUGUAAAAUAGAGCGUUUAAUUAUUCGUGGUCUGACUUCCUGAUUUUAACAGACGUGCGGCAUCGCAAGAUAACACCAUUCUCAAAAAGUGCACAAACCUUUUACAAGGCGAGAGUUGGUAUCAAAGUUUCAUUCAGUGAGACAUAUUUGGGAAUUUAACUUAACAUGACGUCCCACUGGGGUGAGUUUUUCCUUGCCCUUAUGUGGGCACUGUACCGAGGAUGUCGUUGUGGCUUGUGCAGCCCUUUGAGACACUUGUGAUUUAGGGCUAUAUAAAUAAACAUUGAUUGAUUGAUUGAUUGAACAUGAACCCGUCUUGGGAGUACUUUGUAAUGUAAUAUUUUGUGUACGAAUACGCAGUUGUACUCAAUCGCUGUAUUUUCUGUACAUGCUUAGAAAACCCCCGUCAUGAUGAUAUGUUAACAACUCAGUGCUACCACGUGACCUUUCAGUCAAAUACCUUAACCUCCUCAGACCUAGUAAAUGUUACAUUUAUUAAAAUUAAAUAUAUAAAUGAGUUUUUUUGGGGGGGGUGCAAAAAUGUUUUUGCUCACUUUUUAUGCAAUGUCUACUUUCACAGUGGACAACAAUAUCUGCGGUAAUGAUAUUUUUGUAAUCCAUCUUUUUGUGUUUAUACAACAGGGAAAAACAUUUUAAUAAAACAAACUGAAAUUAUUUACACUUGCCAAUAUAUUUGUAAAGAUAAUUGUAUUAAAUGUAGAAAAAUGUUGCUUGAACUUCAACUUUUCUUGGGUUUGGCAUUUUAUAAAUAUUGUGCCACACUUUUUCAGUCAUAUUUGAAAAUUAUAAAGCAGCUUUUCGUCUUGGUUGCAUUUGUGGCGUUAACUAUCUUACUUCUCUGGUGGCCCUAAGUCAUGCUAGCAGCCAUUUUGGGAAGACCAUUUCAUUGAACAAACCCUUUGCUCAGCACAACCCUUUUUAUGCCUGUAUGUGUUGUUUGUAGCACUAGAAAUAUGGUUAUAAAAAUGUAUUGUUGGGUCUCAGGAGGUUAAUUAUCAAAGACACAAUGUGACAUGAAGGAAAACCAUGUAACAAGUUGUUACUGCACUAUGUCUUACUUGGAUAUUUCCCAAUGUCGUGCAAAGAACGUCACAAGAUGUACAAAUGUUGACUAAGUGUCAAAGUGAAAAACAUAAUACAAAGUAACUAUGCAAAGUAUUUUAAAAGAAAACUGGGGCAUGUAACCUCAAUUGCUGCAAAAUAGAUUGUUUAAAUAAGAAUGUCAAGCAGAAUGUGUCAUGGCCUGUGUGAAGUCGACACACGUUCAACAAGCACAGUUAAAUACAAGUAACUUUAUAAAUGCUUGGGCCUUCACUUUUAAUGUUAAUUAAUUAGCUGCAAUAUCCAUGUUGAUAACAAGCCAUGUUCAUGAGGCAUCAGGCGUGUGUACAUAAUCUUUUGGGAUAUCCUAAUAUAUUUUUAGCUUAGCAACAUGUUAGAUUUCAUGCUGGCACGCAUUGUAACCCACUGAAUGUCUCUGUGCAUCAUCUGACGUGGUUGCAAAAUGUUGCGAAUCACCCUUCAAGUCUUCGUGUUGGGAUGGUCAAUAGAGUAUUUUUUAUAAUAGCUUUCUUUUUCAAUUUUUCUAAGUGUUUUUUGCUAAGAAAACAAAAGUCCAAGGGUCGAUGUGAGUUUGCGCUGAGGCAUUUUUGGUUGGUAUGACUGUGCAGACAAACUUGGCCUACAUCAAGGCUCCCUUCUGAGAUCUUGACUGAUUUUUGUGCUCCUUUUAACUCCAAGACCAAACCUGCAGCAUCUUUGAAGCUUUUGAUAAUGUUUUAAAAGCUAUUUUAGUCUGUGCUUGUUUUUUUUUCUUUAUCUGUAGAUUGUGCUGUUUAUUUUGUUUUGUUUUUGUUGUUGUUCAUGUGGAAUGUAAAAUGUAGUAAGUAAUAAAAGUGAAAGCUAAAUAAACCUAA